CGAGCGAGCGAGCGAGCGAGCGAGCGAGCGAGCAGCGAGCGAGCGAGCGAGCGAGCGAGCGAGCGAGCGACGAGCGAGCGAAGCGAGCGAGCGACGAGCGAGCGAGCCAGCGAGCCAGCAGCGCGCCAGGACCGCACGAGCGAGAGCGCGAGCGGGCGCCAGGAGCCAGCCGAGCGAGCCAGCGAGCCAGCGAGCGAGCGAGCGGCGCAGCGACCAGCGAGCGAGCGAGCGAGGGAGCGAGCGCAGCCGGCGAGCCAGACAGCCCCGCAGCAGCGCAGCCAGCGCAGCGAGCGAGCGAGCGAGCGAGCGAGCAGCGAGCGAGCCGAGCUAGCGAGCGCGACGAGCAGCAGCGAGCGAGCGAGCGAGCGAUCGAGCGAGCGACGGCAGGCAGGCAGCCAGCGAGCGGGCGAGCGAGCGACGCGAGCGCAGCGACGAGCGAGCAGCGAGCGAGCGCAGAGCAGCCAGCCCAGCCAGCCGCCAGCCAGCCAGCAGCCAGGCAGGCAGGCAGCAGCCAGCCAGCGCGACAGCGCAAGCCAGCCAGCCGGCCAGCCAGCGAGCGAGCGGGCAGCCAGCGAGCGAGCGAGCGACCGAGCGCUAGCGAGCGAGCGAGCGAGCGAGCGAGCGAGGAGCGGGCGGCCAGCGAGCCAGGCAGCCAGCCAGCCAGCGAGCGAGCGCGCGGCCAGCAGCCAGCCAGCCAGCCAGACAGCGAGCGAGCGAGCGGCCAGCCAGCCAGCCAGCCAGCCAAACAGCGAGCGAGCGAGCGGGCGGCGAGCAGCCAGCCAGCCAGCCAGCGCAGCCAACCAGCCAGGAGCAGCCAAGCAGCGAGCGAGCGAGCAGCCGCCAGCCAGCCAGCAGCCAGCCGCCAGCGAGCGAGCGCGGGCCAGAGCAGCCAGCGAGCAGCCAGCGACAGACAGCGAGCCGAGCGGCCAGCACCAGCCAGCAGCCAGCCACAACAGCGCAGCAGCGACGAGCGGGGCGGCCAGCGAGCCAGGCAGCCAGCCAGCCAGCGAGCGAGCGCGCUGCAGCCAGCCAGCGACAGCGAGCGAGACGAGCAGCCAGCCGGCCAGCAGCGAGCGAGCGGCGCGGCGAGCGCAGCAGCCAGCGCCAGCCAGCCGGCCAGCCAACAGCCAGCCAGCCAGCCAGCCAGCGAGCGAG